GGAUGAGCGGGGACUGCCGAAAGACGAUGUGUCUGUGUUGGGAUAAGAGGCAGCCGCUGUGAGUGGGAGUGUGUGAGCGGAAAUGCCGGGACAGCACCGUUAGGUGUUGAUGUCCAGGCUACCGCAGUGCCUGUGUAUUUACUCUCUUCUUAGUUUCGUGUUAGCGUUUAGUUUCAAGACACGUCGACAAAACGACUGUGAUUAAUGAAUGUACUAGCGAAAUAUUUGGGGGUGGGGGACAGAAGAAACCUUCAGCAAUCCAGAAGAUACUGGUUUUUCGUUUCCAAUGCUCUGGACCUUUAGAGAGCUCAUCACCUUUCCUUAUGGUCGCAAGUCUUGAAAGAAAGCGAGAGAGCAAGCGGGUUGGGUUGGGGCUGGAGUGGCAGAGGCCGGCCGGGGUCCCGGCAGUCAGGCCUGACGCGGCCCCGCGCCCUUCCCCGGCAGAGAAGCCCGGGACGGCCAUGUGCGUGGGCUGCGGGAGUCAGAUCCACGACCAGUUUAUCCUGCGGGUGUCGCCCGACCUCGAGUGGCACGCUGCCUGCCUCAAGUGCGCCGAGUGCAGCCAGUACCUGGACGAGACGUGCACGUGCUUCGUGAGAGACGGGAAGACCUACUGCAAGCGGGACUAUGUCAGGCUGUUUGGCAUUAAGUGCACCAAGUGCCAGGUGGGCUUCAGCAGCAGCGACCUGGUGAUGAGGGCGCGGGACAGCGUGUACCACAUCGAGUGCUUCCGCUGCUCCGUGUGCAGCCGCCAGCUGCUGCCUGGGGACGAGUUCUCGCUGCGGGAGCACGAGCUGCUCUGUCGCGCAGACCACGGCCUCCUGCUCGAGCGCGCCGCUGCCGGCAGCCCGCGCAGCCCCGGCCCGCUCCCCGGCUCCCGCGGCCUGCAUCUGCCAGACGCUGGGUCGGGCAGGCAGCCCGCGUUGCGCCCGCACGUGCACAAGCAGACGGAGAAGACGACCCGCGUGCGGACUGUGCUGAACGAGAAGCAGCUGCACACUCUGCGGACCUGCUACGCCGCCAACCCGCGGCCCGACGCUCUCAUGAAGGAGCAGCUGGUGGAGAUGACCGGCCUGAGCCCGCGGGUCAUCCGCGUCUGGUUCCAGAACAAACGCUGCAAGGACAAGAAGAAAUCCAUUCUCAUGAAGCAGCUGCAGCAGCAGCAGCACAGCGACAAGACGAGCCUUCAGGGACUGACCGGCACGCCCCUGGUGGCGGGCAGCCCCAUCCGCCAUGAGAACGCUGUGCAGGGCAGCGCAGUGGAGGUGCAGACGUACCAGCCGCCGUGGAAGGCGCUCAGCGAAUUUGCCCUCCAGAGCGACCUGGACCAACCCGCCUUCCAGCAGCUGGUCUCCUUCUCCGAGUCCGGUUCCCUAGGCAACUCCUCCGGCAGCGACGUGACCUCCCUGUCCUCGCAGCUCCCGGACACCCCCAACAGUAUGGUGCCGAGUCCCGUGGAGACGUGAGGGGGACCCCUCCCUGCCAGCCUGCGGACCUCGCAUGCUCCCUGCAUGAGACUCACCCAUGCUCAGGCCAUUCCAGUUCCGAAAGCUCUCUCGCCUUCGUGAUUAUUCUAUUGUUAUUUAUGAGAGAGGACCGAGAGAAACGGUCUGGACGGCCCAAGGCGCCAGGAUGCAACCUGCUUUCACCAGAUGGCAGACCUCUGCUCCGAGGACUCUACUUUUUCAAAACCAGAAUUUGGGAUUUACCAGAGUUAGCUCUGCCCUCUCCUCUCCGCGUAGCCGCCGCUCUGUCCCUCCACGCCCCACCUGUAUCCCCACCUCGGCCGGCCCCGAGCUCGCCCACGUGGAUCCCCGCCCUGCCCCCGCUCCGUGCUCCCUGGCGUCUUCGCCGGGGCUCUAGCGGAGAAGAGGAAGGGGAUAAGUCAGAGGAACAGACACUCAAACUCCCAAAGCGCAUGACUGCUGGGAAACAGUAGAAACCAGACUUGCCUUGAAAGUGUUUAAGUUAUUCCACGGAGGACAGAGUGUGUGAGCCUUUGCCGAACAAACAAACGUAAGUUAUUGUUAUUUAUUGUGAGAACAGCCAGUUCACAGUGGGACUCGUAUUUUGAUCUUAAUAAAAUAUAAUAACCCGG